CGCGGCGUCCAUCCCCAGCCAGUCGGCGACGCGCGAGGGGCAAGAGGCAGCAGCGCCUGUGUCGUAUGUGAGCGCCGACAUCGCCAAGAUGGACUCGAGCACGUGCCUGGAGCUGGCGCUGGAGGGCGAGCGCCUGUGCAAGGCGGGCGACUGCCGCGCGGGCGUGGCGUUCUUCGAGGCCGCCAUCCAGACGGGCACGGACGACCUGCGCACGCUCUCCGCCAUCUACUCGCAGCUGGGCAACGCCUACUUCUACCUGGGCGAGUAUGACAAGGCCAUGGAGUUCCACAAGCUCGACCUCACCGUCGCCAGAACCAUGGGUGACCGGCUGGGCGUGGCCAAGGCGUCCGGGAACCUGGGCAACACGCUCAAGGUGAUGGGCAAGUUCAAGGAGGCCAUCUGCUGCUGCGAGAGGCACCUGUCCAUCUCACAGGAGCUGGAGGACAAGGUGGGUGGUGGGCCCUGGGCUCCCAGUGGAAUUCAUGUUAAUAUAAUAAUUAUUCUGCACCCUCUAAAUGUAAGGAAACUUGACAAUCGCACCAUCAGAGCUGAUUGCAUUACUGCCAGCGGUUGGAAAGUACACAGUGGCUUAGCCGAGGUGCCUCGUUAA